AAAAGCAUCUCCUCUCUUUCGGUUUCGACAUUCCUCGGAAUCUCUCUCACCUUUUUGUCUCCAACCAAAAACCUCUGUUACCUUUCUUCAUCUUCAAACAGAGCAUAACAGUGAUCACAGUAAAGACGUUCGACUCUGUCUUAAUCUCCUGUUUGGAUCCCAAAAUAGAUGGAAAUCGGUGGAGCAAUUCCGGUUCAGGAAACUGGAUCCGGGUUUCAAAAACCCGUCAAACCAGAUGGGUUUGUGACGAUCGAUGUCGAGAGUUUCUCUCCUGUUCUGCACCCAGACUUCUUUUCUUCUAGUCCCAGAAUUACUCUGCAUAGAAGUGUUUCAAGGAAAGGGUCUCCAAGAAACAACAACGAAAGGAAACUUCAUGGUGACUCAAAUAGUAAUGACAAAGAGACCUCGUUUCCUCAGUUUCCACUUAGAGGGUCAAGCGCGCCGGAAAAGCCGAGCACUGUUGGGCCCAUUGAUCAUGCAGGCACGGUUACAACUGCAAACACCGAUGUUCCAUCGUCGCCGCUUCAUCAGAUAACCAUUACUACAUCUGCCGCCACCGCCGGAAAUAUGAUCUCCGAUCAAAAUAGAGAAAGACGAUUUGGUUUUGCAAGAAAGUCGAGUUUUAAACGCUCUCACACUUCUUGGAUGCUUGAUCCCAAGAAAAUCGUCCUCUUCUGUGCAAUUUUGUCAAGCAUGGGAUCAAUCUUGUUAAUCAUAUUUACUCUCUCAAUCAGCAAGUCUAAUCCAGGAGAUAUGCCUCUAGGCUAAUAGUGACCGUCCUCAGUUUGUGGCUAUAGAGCAUGCGAUAAUCUCACCGACCUAUAUUUAUAAAAACGAAGACCGUAAGGUUGUGACAAUAUAUAUUUUGUUAUAUUUUAUAAUAAAAAUGAAAAAAAAAAAGAUAGCAAGACACAGAAAGUGCAUGGGAAGUGGGCACGCCGCACGCACGAGACCAUUUAAGAAGAUUGGAAAAGAAAGCUUUAAGACAAGAGUUUAUGAGCAUUGUGACAAAGACAGAGAAUCUUCUCUUCUUUUCCUUUUCUCUGUUUUUAAAUUU